AUGCACAGAAACCGCAGAAACAGAGCUUCGACGAAAGCUGUGAAAAGGGUGGCGACAGAUCACAACAUCGAUAAUACCACAACCAUUCUGAGAGACUGGCUCAUCAAGGUGCAGAACUUCUAUCAUUAUGUGGAGUGGCGGCCUGAAGAAGAGUCCAGGGCUUUUGAGGAUGAGGUGGGGCCAAAGCACUGGAAUAAUCUCCGUUAUGAACGCGUGAUGAAGCUCCGACAGGCAGCGCUGGACACCGCCCGUGAGAUCUGGGCCGACUACCUCCUGAUGGUCGACUGUGACAAUCUGCUCACCAGUCAGGAUGUGCUGUGGAAGCUGAUGAGGGAGAACAAGACCAUCGUAGCUCCUAUGUUGGAGUCCAGAGCUGCGUACUCCAACUUCUGGUGCGGGAUGACUUCACAGGGUUAUUACAAGCGUACUCCGGCCUACAUGCCCAUCCGCAGACGGGAGCGUCGGGGCUGUUUCGCUGUACCGAUGGUCCACUCUACCUACCUGGUGGAUCUACGGAAAGAGGCUUCUCAUGAGCUGGCUUUUUAUCCGCCACACCCAGAGUACAGCUGGGCCCUGGAUGAUGUCAUCAUCUUUGCUUACUCUGCUCGCAUGGCAGAUGUGCAGAUGUAUGUGUGCAACAAAGAGACCUAUGGGUAUUUUCCAGUGCCAAUGCGUUCCCAUGCAACACUGCAGGAUGAGGCAGAGAGCUUUUUGCAUACUCACCUUGAGAUCAUGGUGGAUAAUUCGCCAUUGGAGCCCUCCAGCAUCCUGUCUCUUCCUCCCAAGCAGCCUAACAAGAUGGACUUUGAUGAGGUUUUUAUGAUCAAUCUGGUUCGGAGAACUGAUCGCCGUGAUCGAAUGCUAAGAACUCUGUAUGAGCUGGAGCUCAGCUGUAAGGUUGUUGCUGCUGUGGAUGGCAAAGCUUUGAAUCUGUCUGAUAUAGAGUCUAUGGGGAUUAAGAUGCUACCAGGCUACAAAGACCCUUAUCACGGACGACCUCUCACUAAGGGUGAACUGGGUUGUUUCCUCUCUCAUUACAACAUCUGGAAGGAGAUAGUGGAGCGUGGUCUGCAGACGUCCCUGGUCCUCGAGGAUGACCUUCGUUUUGAGGUCUUCUUCAAACGCCGUCUUCAGGCUCUGCUGCAGGAGGUGACGACACAAAAGUUGGACUGGGAUCUCAUUUAUAUUGGACGUAAAAGGAUGCAGGUGGACCACUCAGAGAAGUCUCUCCCAAACAUCCACAAUCUGGUGGUGGCAGAUUACUCCUACUGGACUCUUGGCUACAUGUUGACAUUACAAGGAGCCCAAAAGCUCCUCAGGGCCGAACCUCUGAAGAAGAUGCUUCCUGUCGACGAGUUCCUCCCUGUGAUGUACAACAAACACCCAAUAUCGAAGUACAUGGAUCACUUCGAGCGCCGGGACCUGCACGCCUUUUCAGCCGAGCCGCUCCUGGUGUUUCCGACCCAUUACACGGGAGACCCGGGCUACGUCAGUGACACAGAGACGUCGGUGGUUUGGGACAACGAGACGGUCAAAACCGACUGGGAUCGAGCCAGGUCGAGGAAAACGCAGGAGCAGGGAGAGCUGAGCUUCGAGGCCCAGAACUCUGACGUGCUGCAGUCUGAACUGGAGAACUGGAGCGCUCGAGACGAGCUGUGAUCAAGAAGUGAGGACGGGAGGAGGAACAGAACCCUGCGCAGAAAGAAGGGAGUGAGAAAACAGCUGUGAUAGCAGGUGCAGUGGGAAAAACAGAGGAAACAGGAUGAGAAGUAGUGGAAUGAAGAGG